AUGCGACCGACACGCCGCGGGCCCAUCACCAGAGCGUCACCAGAGACGCCGCCGUCCGAUCCGCCUGCUGGCCGCGCGCCCUCGUUCGAAAAGUCGCUCUACGACCUCAUCCGGGGCCUGCGCAACCACAAGGGCGGCGAGAAGGAAUACAUCCAAAAGAGCCUCAAGGAAUGCCGUGCCGAGGUCCGCAGCCAGGACAUGGACGUCAAGGCCACGGCCCUCCUCAAGCUCGUCUACCUGGAGAUGCUGGGCUACGACAUGUCGUGGGCCUCGUUCCACGUCCUCGAGGUCAUGUCGUCGCCCAAGUACCACCAGAAGCGCGUUGGCUACCUGGGCGCCGUCCAGAGCUUCCGCCCCGACACAGAGGUCCUCAUGCUCGCCACUAACCUGCUCAAAAAGGACCUCGCCUCGUCGGCCCCGACCGUCAUCUCGCUGCCCAUCGCCACCCUCCCCCACGUCAUUACGCCCUCGCUCGCCCUCUCCACCUUGGCCGACCUGCUCCCGCGCCUGAGUCACAGCCAUGCCAACAUUCGAAAGAAGACUCUCGUCACCCUCUAUCGCCUGGCCCUGGUCUAUCCCGAAGCCUUGCGCGCCGCCUGGCCCAAGAUCAAGGAGCGCCUCAUGGACGCCAACGAAGACCCCAGCGUCACGGCUGCCAUUGUCAACGUUGUCUGCGAGCUGGGCUGGCGGAGGCCCCAUGACUUUCUGCCCCUGGCCCCGCGUCUUUUCGAGCUCCUCGUCGACGGCGGCAACAACUGGAUGGCCAUCAAGCUCAUCAAGCUCUUUGCCACGCUUACUCCCUUGGAACCACGUCUUGUGAGGAAGCUGCUCCCCCCUCUCACCAACAUCAUGGCCACGACGGCUGCCAUGUCUCUCCUCUACGAGUGCAUCAACGGCAUCAUACAGGGCGGCAUUCUAGGCAACGGGGAUGACGCUUCGGGAGCUGAGGAAGUCGCCACGCUGUGCGUCACCAAGCUGCGAAGCAUGAUUAUGAUUAAUAGUGAUCCAAACCUGAAAUACGUCGCUCUGCUGGCCUUUAACAAGAUUGUCGUCACCCAUCCGUACCUUGUCGCCGAGCAAGAGGAUGUGAUCCUGGAGUGCAUCGACAGUCCCGACAUCACCAUCCGGAUACAGGCUCUUGACCUCGUGCAGGGCAUGGUCACGAGCGAGAAUCUGACAUCCGUCGUCAGCCGGCUGAUGAAGCAACUCAAGUCUGCGACCCCGUCCAAAGACCGGAGCAAGCCCGAGACAAACUCGCAAGUGCCCAGCACCGACUCGGAUGACGAGGACCAGGCCGCCGCGACAGGGCCGACAGAGGCCGAAGAUGCCGCCCCGCCUCUGCCCGAUGAGUAUCUCAUUGACGUCAUCAGACGGAUCCUCUUCAUGUGCUCCAAGGAUAACUACGCCAACGUGGUCGACUUUGACUGGUACGUCGACGUCCUGACACAGCUCGUCCGCAUGGCCCCGGUGCCUCGGACAUACGCUGACGAGCUCGGCCCGGAUGCCACAUCGCGACAUACUUCGGACGUGUCGGAGAGGAUUGGCGACGAACUGCGCAACGUGGCGGUCAAGGUCAGGGCCAUGCGAGCAUCGGCGGUCCGGGCGGCCGAAAUGAUUCUCAUCCACCUCAACGCCGACACGCCUGCCAGCCACAAGAUCACUUCAGGGGCUCUCAAGUCCAUCACCUGGAUGCUGGGCGAGUACGCAGCACAGCUCUCGUCCUCGGACGACACCUUGAAUCGGCUGCUUCAGGUCGUCCCCCGCGCAGGCAGGCCCGAGGUUUGCACCACGGCUCUGUUUGCCGUCAUCAAGGUGUUUGCCUCGAUAGCCGGAGAUGACCUGGCGCCGUGGACGGCAGAGAGGAAAUCGAGGAUAUCUCUUAUCAUGGCACGCAUCAUCCACGCGGCAGAACCGCUGGUCUUGCACCCGAACCUCGAGGUCCAGGAGCGCGCAGUCGAGUUCAUCGAGCUGCUCAAGCUCACUGCCGAGGCCUCCUCGGGGCAACCGGCAUCCACGAGCGAUGAAACGCAGGAUGCCCCUUUGCUCCUCACGCAGGCCAUACCGUCGCUCUUCAACGGUUGGGAGCUCAAUUCCGUCGCGCCCGGGGCUCAGCGCAACGUGCCCAAGCCCGAAGGCCUUGAUCUCGACGAGCCGAUCCACCCCGACCUGAACCGGCUGCUCGCCCGGGCCGACGUCAUCACAUUGCAGUCGGACGAGAUGGACGAGUUCGAAACGUACUAUAACCAGCGGCCGCCGCCCUCGAGCAUCUCGUCCUCGGCGCCAGCCAUGACUAUGCUGAAUGAGCCAAGUGAGGAAAUCGCUGGCUCGUACCAGCAGCCGAGCGAGGAGAGCUACCUUGACGCAGACAUCAUUGCGCGGAGAAAGGCCGAGCGACUCGACAGGAACAAGGACGACCCAUUCUACAUUCCCAGCGGCGACUCUCAGCGCGCAUCGACUCCCAUCCACAGCAUUCUCCAAAACAGUAACGGCCCGGACCUGGACAUUGACGCGAUACCUAUCAUGCAACUGGAUCUCGACAAUGUGGGCAACGAGUCGGUGCCGGCGCCCAAACCGCGGCCCGAACUGAGGCAGCGUGUCGUCAUUGCGGCCGACGAGACGCUCGAGGGCAGCGAGAGUGGGCCCGGGCGCAGCUACGACUCGGAAAACAACUCGGACAGCCUGGCAAAGGCCAAGAGCAGGAAACUCAAGCAGUCGCUGCUGCAGGUCGACUCGAGCACGAUUGGGUCGUUCAACCUCGAGGGCGGCCGCCCGGCCGAGGGGUUCGACUACGAGCGGCAGCAGCGCGAGGAGGCGGAGAUGCAGCAAGCCAUGAAGGAGGUGGAGCGGCUGCGGCUGGAGAUGCAGCGCGCAAACGAGCGGAUCCAGGUGGCGCAGGGCGUCGACGCCGAGGGCACCGUCGUCCGGAAGAAGAAGAAGUCGACGGCCAAGAAGGCGGCCAGGAAGACGGAAGAGGACGGUGGCGGCGCCGGCGACGGGCCCAUCGAGGUGAAGCCGGCGACGAAGAAAAAGAAGAAGAAGAAGAAGCUGCCGCUGCGGGAGGGGGGGCCCGUGGCUAGCGAGGACGCCGGGGCGGACGCAGAGGGCGCGGGAGAGGGCUCGUUGGCGGCUGACGAGGCUGUCGUGGUGCCCAAAAGGAAGAAGAAGGUGAAGCAGCGCCUGGCCGAGAUUGAGGAUGCGGGCGGAUAG